AUGGUAGAGCUCAGAGAUAGUACUACCACUUUCUGUGAACGGGCAACGAACACAACGAAGCAGUUCCUCCGUGCACACCCAGAAGUAUGCGUUCUAUCCGCCGACAAGGGGAAUAGGACGGUCAUCAUGCUGAGAGAGGACUAUGACCGAAAUAUGCAAGCAUUGGUCAACGACACGACUACCUACGAAAAGCUGCGCGCUGAUCCCACGACUCGGUUCCAAAAUGGGAACAAUAACAUAAUCAAGAGGCUCAAAGACCUACACCUCAUUGAUAACAGGACAGCGAACGAGCUGAAGGCCAACAACUCCAUCUGCCCUAGAAUCUAUGGACAGCCGAAGGCUCACAAACAAGACCUUCCACUCCGGCCGGUCAUACCAAACAUAACGGCACCCACAUACAAGCUAGCCAAAUACAUCGCAAACAUUCUGCAAAACUCGCUACACAGCCGAUAUAGCACGAGAAGCUCAUUCGAAUUUUGCGACGAAGUGAACAACAUCAAACUACCAGAAGGUUACAUCAUAAUCUCUCUUGAUGUAACUUCAUUGUUCACAAAUGUCCCACGAUGGUUAGUCACCAGGAACAUAAUACACAGAUGGAAUGAAAUCGACACCAACAUAAAUCUGGACCUAUUCCUGGAAAUUGUGGAGUUCGUUAUGGAGGCCAGCUACUUCUGCUACGAUGGGCAAUUCUAUAAGCAGACAUUCGGAACAGCAAUGGGCAGCCCACUCUCGCCCAUCCUGGCAGACAUAGUUCUAGAUUCGGUCAUCGAUGCAGCUAUGGAAUCUCUACCAUUCGAGAUCACCAUCUUCAAGAAAUAUGUGGACGACAUCUUCAUGGCGAUUCCUCAGAACACCGAACAACAGGUACUGGUAGCGUUCAACAAGGUAGAACCAAGACUGCAAUUCACCAUCGAAGCAGAAAACGAACGGAGGUUGCCAUUCCUAGAUAUGACCGUCAUCCGCAACCAGGACCAAACUCUAGCUACGGAAUGGUAUGCCAAGCCAAUCGCAUCGGGACGUAUGCUGAACUACAACUCCUUCCACCAACCGAAGCAUAAAAUAAACGUAGCGAACAAUUUCAUUCAUAGAGUUUGCUCGCUAACGCGAAAUAAAUCAAUGAAUGAAAUAGGGACGAUAAUUCACCAACAUCUGCUAAGGAACAACUAUCCCAAGCAACUCAUCAACCGGUUGUUAAACCUCUACAUAAACAAACGGAGGCAAAACAACGUAGAUGAAAUUCCAACAGCAUCGAUCACUGAACUCCCGAAUGAUGAUCCCAGCCAACCAUCGUGUCAGCCACCCAACCACCCACCCAGCCAACCAUCAUGUCAGCCACCCAACCUCCCACCCAGCCAACCAUCGUGUCAGCUACCCAGUCGCCCACCGAGCCAGCCAUUGUGCCAGCCACCCAACCAACUACCAGAUCAACCCACCAUAAACCACACUGUACCCCAGCAUAUCCCCCACCAAGACCUAACAUCACCAACAAACCACCAAACUGAAGACAGCAUACCCGAUCAUCACAUCACCAAUCCGAUGAGGCAUCCCACGCACGGCACCGAAGAUGAAACCGAAAAUCCACAUAGGCAAAACCAAACAGUAAGCACAACACAGCAACCAAUUUAUCGUUCCAUUCCAUACGUCCCAUCUCUCUCCGACCGUGUCACAAAAAUUCUGUCUAAGGAUUACCCAGAGAUCACUAUCGCCACACGACAACACAGAACUGUCAAAAACCUCCACUCCAAAAUCAAAUUCCCUGUAAAAAAAGACGAAAUUAGUAACAUUAUAUAUAAAAUACCUUGUAACGAUUGUGAUGCAUGUUACAUCGGUAUGACGAGGAACAAUUUGCGAAAACGAUUAACUGGACAUAGAGCUAAUGUAAACAAACUUGACAAAUUGAUGAACGAUGAAGAACAUACACACACAAAUGAAGCCCAAAUAGCACUAAUAGAAACCACCACAGCCCUAAUAGAACAUUGUAUAACACAGAACCACAGAUUUCAACUUGACCACACCAAUAUUAUAGACCAUAGCCAUAAACCUUCCACACUCCCAUUUCUUGAAAUGUGCCACAUCACUAACACAGAUAAAACGGUGAACAAACGGACAGACACUGAUGGACUCAAUACAACAUAUGCUGGUUUGUUGCACGACAUCAAGACUAUCUAUCGACGAGACAAAUCUAGUAAGAAAUCGCAGACCACCGAAGAAUGACAAUAUGCAGAUAGGGCAUCAAGACCACCAUUUAAAAAUAGACUAAUAGAUAAUAAGAAGAAUUGCGCCAUUAGCAAAAAGUCCACAUAAGUUCACCGAAGUGUUAUUGAGUGUAAGAAUUAAUUAAUUUAUAGACAAAAAGUGACAAGUAAAAUUUAAAAUAACUAACCAGACAAAUCUACCCCAUAGCAUGUACCAAACAAUUAGAGUCAGGACAGUUAAAGUUAGCCGAAACACGAGAGACGAAACGAGAACAUUAUUUUCCCCCUGAUGAAGGCACCAUCCCUAAGUGCCGAAACGUUGGGUAGAUAAUAAACCCGUUUCAAGAAUAAAGACUGCGUAGCCACUAAAAGUUCAAAGUAU